AUGGACUCAAUCUGGAAUCAGUUUUGUUCAGAUUGUACACAAGAAUGUUUAACUGUAGAUUUUUCUGUUACGCCAUCUGCUGUAUCAGCUCAAUCCGCUGUGAAUCUACACGAUAUUAAAGAUUUUCUUGAACAAUCUGGUGUCACAUUAUCUAAAAACUGGUCACCAGCAUGGACAUCGGAAAUUCAAAAGAAUUAUGUUGGCGUCAGUGUUGUUUGUGAAACAACUUGUGUAGAAAUUUUUACACAAGAUGCAUCAAUCAAUGGUGUUGAUCUUCUUUCAAAUGUUGGUGGUCAUACAGGUUUAUGGAUUGGUAUCAGUUUUUUAUCAAUAAUGGACGUAGUUGAAAUGCUCUAUCGUCUUAUUCGAUAUCAUUAUUAUAAUGUAGGCGGAACAAUGCAAGGACGAAAUCAAGAUCAAUCAUAA